UGUGGAGUCCCCUUUUGGCUCAAGGGCUCUGAUGCCAGCUCAGAGAAAUUCUUCAGCACUGCUGCAGUUAAAGUUCCAGAUUUCAGCAUCAAUGCAGUCUCCACCAAUGACAGCCAGGAGCGUGGCGGCCUGGGCCUCUCCAAGGUGUCAGGCCUAGAGCGCAGCCAGGAGAAGAGCCUGGAAAGCUGCAGGGAAGCCCUCGUGCCUCCCCCCGCGCCCAGUGCUCCCAAGCAGCCCCUACCCCCGCAACCCCGUGCGGCUGCCCGGCCCCUGCCUCUGUCCUUACCCACCUCCCAGGCCCAGCCAUCUCCCCCCAGCUCCCGUCUGGCCCAGGUACCUGUUCACCAGCCCCCACGCUCAGAGGCUUCCCUCAGGCCUCAGAUCCCCGAAGUCCUGCCUCUCGCUCAGGGUCAAGAGCCCUCGCAGCCCCCCCAACCCCGGCCCCAGCACCAGCCUGAGCCCCUGCCCCACCCACGGCCUCCGCCCACUGCCAGCCUGCACCCACACCCCCCGUCUCCCGCCCUACCGGCCCACCACCCCAGCCAGAGCCAGGUCGGGCUUCAUCGCCCUCCCUCACGCUGUGGGCCACACUCUCGCCCCCUGUCUGCCUACAGCAAUAGCCUUAGCUUCAACGGCCUCAGCAGCAGUCGGAGCAGUACCCCGGGCGGUACCAAGCCCCACGGCCCCGCUGGCCCGUCCCCACACCUACCCCAUCACCCGCCAUCCGGCUCAGUCGCUGCAGCAGCAGCCACCGCCUUCCCCCUGCCCAUCCCAGCCAAUCAGAUUGCUCCCCACGGCUUCCCCCCCGCCCUGCAGUCCUCGCCACACUCCCAUCACCCCAAUAUGUUUGCGCCUCCAGCAGUCUUGCCCCCACCUCCGCCACUGACGUCUAGCACCCUGCCAGUCCCCGGAGGACACCCCGCCGCUGGGACACCCUACUCAGAACAAGACCUGCUGCGCCAGGAGCUCAACAACCGUUUCCUCGCCUCGCAGAGCGCCGACCGCGGGGCCUCCCUGGGCCCGCCCCCCUACCUGCGCACCGAGCUCCAUCAACAUCAGCACCAGCACCAGCACCAACACACGCACCAGCACACCCACCAGCACACCUUCACUCCCUUCUCCCACGCCAUCAUGCCAACCCCUGCACCCCCCAUGGUGCGUACCCCAGCCAGAAAUCUGUUCCACUCCUACCCCCCGGGCGUGUCCGGCAUUCCUCCAGUGAUCCCUCCGAACGGGCCAUUCGGCUCGCUGCAGGGGGCCUUCCAGCCCAAGACUUCUAACCCACUGGAUGUGGCCUCAAGACCUGGAGCAGUCCCACACACACUCUUACAGAAGGACCCCAGGCUAACGGAUCCAUUUCGGCCCAUUCUCAGGAAACCGGGGAAGUGGUGUGCCAUGCAUGUCCAUAUGGCCUGGCAGAUCUACCACCACCAGCAGAAAGUCAAGCAGCAGAUGCAGGUCGACCCACACAAGCUGGACUUCGGGCUCAAGCCGGAGUUCCUGAGUCGACCCCCCGGCCCCAGCCUCUUUGGCGCGAUGCACCACCCCCACGACUUAGCGCGUCCCGCCACGCUCUUCUCAGCAGCAGGUUCUACACACCCGUCAGCCGGCCCGUUCGGCCACCCGUCCCACCACCCUGGCAACUUCCUCACCCCUGCACCUCACUUAGAGCCAUUCAGUAGGCCUCCCUCAUUUGGAGGACUCGCCUCUCUCAGCACAGCAGCCUUUGGUGGGCUUGGAAACCCAGCACUAACGCCUAACUCUGUGUUUGGCCAUAAAGACAGCCCCAAUGCACAGCAGCACUUCAGCAACAACCACGAGCCGUGGAACCGGCUGCACCGCACGCCGCCCUCCUUCCCCACCCCUCCACCAUGGCUCAAACCUGGCGACUCGGAGAGGAGCGCCUCAGUCAGCUCCCACGAGAGAGACCGAGACUCAGACAAGCGAGACACUUCCUCUGUCAACAAAGAUGACAAGGAGAGGGAAGCCAUGGAGAAGCGUCACCAGACCCAUCCGUCCCCAGUCCCCAUCAGCCUGUUGGGUCACAGCCGUCCCCCGGAGCCCCCAAGGAACCACCUGCCCCCCAGCGAACCCACCAGGGAUAAGGACAAGCCCAAAGACCGAGACAGGGAGCACCCCGACUCCUGGAAGGACAACGGCACAGACGAGCACAAGCUCAAAGAAAAUCACCACAGCGACAAGGACACAACGCCAAUCAUCCACGACGGGCGGGUGACUGAGGACAAGGCCAAUGGCAGAGGGACGACCUCACCCUACAUCCGCCAGACCAGCCUGGACCGGCCCAACGGGGGCUUGGGGAGGGGGGAGAGGGAGGCCCUGAUGGAGAAGAAGGGAGAGCUGCCCUCUCCCUACGAGCACCACAAGAAGAACAACAACGAGGUGAAGGUUAAGGAGGAGAGGAAAGAGGAGCAGGACAGCCCUACGGACAGGGACAGGCCCCCCUCUCACCCUCACCUCCACCCACAUCCGCACCAGGUGCCCCCCACGCCCAGCUUCCACACCCACCCCGCCUCCUCCAUGGCGAUGCCCAUGGGCAUGGCGGGCGUCCACCCCAUGAACAGCAUCAGCGGCCUGGAGAGGACUCGAAUGGUGGCCCCCUUCAUGGGCAUUAGCCCCAUCCCAGGGGCAGAGAGGUUCCCCUACCCAGCCUUCCACUGGGAUCCCAUGAGGGACCCGUACAGGGGCCUGGACAUCCACAGACGGGACCCUCUGACCAGGGAACUGCUGCUGAGGAACGAUCCCCUGCACCGGCUGGCCGGGCAGCGUCUCUACGAGGCAGAACGCUCCUUCAGGGACCGAGAGUCUCAUGACUUUAACCGUGACCACCACCACCCUCUAGCCCUGGAGCAGCGCCGGGAGCAGGAGGCCCGGGCCCACCUGGAGGAGCGCGAGCGCCUGCACAUGCUCAGAGAGGACUACGAGCACGGCCGCCUGCACGUCGCCAUGCACCACCCGGCCCUGGAAGGCCACCUGCCACACCCCCACCCCGGCCUCAUGGCCCCCGGAUUACCCAGCAUGCACUACUCCAGGGUCAGCCCCUCGGCCGCCGCUGCAGCGUAUGCCGCCCACGCUGCCGCAGCUGCAGCCCACCAGAAUGGUAUCCUGAACAAAACACCGCCAACGGCUUCCCUGAGCGCCCCGCCCCCCCUUAUCCCCACGCUGGGUGCCAGGCCGGGCUCCCCCAGACGGACUAUGCCCCUCACCACAGACAUCAGAGACAGACCGUCAGCCCACAACCACAAAGACAUAGAGGCACGGUGAACGGAGCGGGGUGCAAACCUAGCCUCACCCUGGACUACAGGCAGAUUCUGCCCCAUACCCUGUGUCUGACACAAUUACUAACACUGAACUCACACCAAGCACUUAGCUUUGGGAAAACUAGACUGUACCAUAGCUGUGAAUAAUAUGUGGUUAAAAAACACCCACAGAUGAUGUUUGUUUUUUUUAAGGGGAAAAAAGGGGGAUGAAAUUAUGUAAACAAAAAAUGAGAUUUUACUAAACUCUUUUUUCCAGUUUGCUCCUGCUUUUUGUGUGUAUUCUUGUCUUGUAUAGAAAGCGGCCUGGAAUACCCUGAAGGUGUGUAGGUUAAUAGAAACGGAUCCCUCACAAAGACGUUUUGGAAUGUACAGGUACUUCAAUGCAUUGACAGACAGCAAAGUGUGUAGAUAUGUGUACAGUCAACAUGCUCACUCCUUAAGGAACAAAUCAAGGUACAAAUAUGCAAAAGGGUGUUUUGAAAGCUUUACUUUGAACAAAUGUAAAUAGAGGACUAUUAUUAAGAAGGAGGAAGGGUAGAAUGUGCUUUUUGCAGAUUGGGUUUUGCUUGACGCGGCGGAAAAAGCAUUGUACCAGAGACCACCAUACCCACCAUUCAACUAUGCAACAAAUGUCUGGGCUUACACUCUGAAAGCCAGCCUGGUCACCACCCCAACUAACUCUGACAACACUGUAUUCUCUCCACAACCAAGAUCUCACAAAACCAUAAUAAUGUAUAUAUCACUGAAAUGAAAUAGUGCUCGUAGAAAAACACUAUACCGUACAACGGUUGUGCAAACGUAAAACAAUUUUCUUAAAAAUUAUACAAAGUUGUGGUGACAAUCCUUAAAAUGUCUAUUAUAGAGCUAUUUUUAUUUUCAGAGGAAUUCCAAUGCCUGAAGUCGCCGAACAGACAGUUUAAAGUGAGAGGGAUCCCUUACUUAUCAGUUAUCCCAACAACUCAACUCACACUACUCCCACUACUAGUCUUGUUUGGAGAGAAUACAGCACAUUUACAAAAAUACACCACAUUAUCCCUUCUAAAGGAGUGUAAAGUAUGUGUUUGGAAAUAAGUUAUGUUUAUCUAACAGUGUAUUAAAGUGCUAUCCUAAGUUGUUGUAUCUAUAAAAAUAAAAAAGACAAAAAAGCCAGUCUAAACUAUGGAUAGUUUGUUUCUAAUGAGCAGAGAUCUAUUUUAGUAGUCCACUGAAGGGUUAGUUGUGCGCUUCAAAACUCUGUGAGAGCCAGAUGUUGUGCAGUGUUUUUUUUUUACCACACAUUAAAAACGUCCACUAGAGCCGUAGUGGUUAGUCAAUGCGUAUUGCAGAGAGAUUGUUAACAAGAAAAACGUUUUUUGCUGUUAAUCAUGUACGUAAAAAAAAGUAUUUCUAGAAUCAAAAAAAAAAUGUAAGACCAAAAAAAAGAAGCGACUGAAUCUUCAGCAUGCUCCUCAUUUAAACUUGUGUUAUGUAAAUUG